CAUGGUCACGGUGGAGGAGGCGGCGGAGGCGGUGGACACGGCCACGGUGGAGGUGGUGGCGGAGGCCACGGUCAUGGACACGGAGGUGGAGGUGGCGGCGGGGGACAUGGACAUGGAGGAGGGGGUGGCGGUGGCCACGGUCAUGGACACGGAGGUGGAGGUGGUGGCGGUGGCCAUGGACAUGGGCAUGGAGGAGGAGGAGGUGGCGGUGGUCACGGACAUGGUCAUGGACACGGGGGAGGUGGUGGAGGCGGUGGUCACGGACAUGGUCAUGGAGGAGGAGGAGGCGGUGGCGGAGGACAUGGACAUGGACAUGGAGGAGGAGGCGGUGGCGGUGGUCACGGACAUGGUCAUGGACACGGGGGAGGCGGUGGUGGCCAUGGACAUGGACAUGGCGGUGGAGGCGGCGGUGGCCACGGUCAUGGUCAUGGAGGCGGCGGUCACUGGGGCAGUAAACAUCAUGGAGGGGGAGGUGGAGGUGGUGGCGCUAGUCAUCAUCACCAUUCUGCUCAUUUGGAAAAUCUUGACCGUAUCAGCAAUGAUGGUGAACAUGAUGAAAGUCAUGUUGAUGAAAAUGUUGAAGUUGAGAGCGAUGUUGCUGCUGUUUCUGGUGAAAACUUGGAUGACGACGGUCAUGAAACUGCCCAAGAAAAUGAUCACGAAGCUCUUGUUAGUGACCAAUUAGACGAAGAUCAUAAGGAAAGUAUUAGUCAAGAAGCAGAAGUUGAUGAAGAAAAUACCCACGAAGCUUUAGAAGAUCAUGCUAAUGAACCUUUAGAAGAUCAUGCUAAUGAAGCUUUAGAAGAUCAUGCUAAUGAAG